UGCAACAAAUGACACACAAGCUCGAAAUGUGUGCCAAGCUCACAACUCUCUCAGCCGUCAGACCCUGAACACUUUUGGCUUUUUAGUAACUCAAAUUCAAAAUUUACCGGCUAUAACAAUAGUUAUACAGAACAUGAACCAAUGUCGGCUGAGGAGUCUUGUGCGGAUGAGGAGGGAACUGGCGCUGGGGCUGCUGGGCACUGACCACCACAUCCUCGCCCAGCUAGCCCUGCGUACCGUACAAACUAGUUCGCAGCUUUGCGGUGCUCAUGAUCUGGACUCCUUCGCCAAUGGCUGUAGUGCAGCCUACAUCGAGGGCCUUUAUAGCAAAUGGAAGCGUAAUCCGAAAUCCGUGGAUGCGUCCUGGGACGAGCUCUUCGGAGCAGACGAGCGGCCAAUCUCCAAAAGAAAGCCUUUCCAGGCAUCGCUCUCCCGGAAGUACAGACGUGCUCCGGUGGAAAGGACAGCAUUAAAGGCUCGGCUGGGCGAAAGGACGGCAUCCGGAGGCGCGGCUCCUGCUCCUUCCGCGCCUCCAAGUGAUUGGAAAAAUAUUGAUGACCACCACACAAUCCAGGCCAUCAUCCGCGCUUAUCAAUCACGCGGUCACCUGGCCGCCGACUUGGAUCCUUUGGGAAUUAUUUUGCCUCAUAAAGGAGCCUCUGUAGACGGCUCACAACGAAAUGCGGCGAAGGAGGUACUCAGGCAGCACUAUUCAUAUAUAUUUGGCGAUCUAAAUGCCAUGUUCAAGUUGCCCUCAUCCACAAUGAUAGGCGGUGAUGAGGAGUUUUUGCCAUUGAGAGAGAUUCUGGACCGCUUGGAGCGCAUCUACUGCGGCCACAUUGGAGUGGAGUAUAUGCAGAUGACGUCGUUGACGAAGACCACCUGGAUUCGCGACCGAUUCGAGAAGCCCGGCGCUUUGGACUUAUCCAAAGAGGAGAAGAAGCUAAUCCUCGAGCGUCUGACUCGCUCUACGGGCUUCGAGAACUUCCUGGCCAAGAAAUUUUCGUCGGAGAAGCGCUUCGGCCUAGAAGGCUGUGACAUCAUGAUCCCCACCAUCAAGGAAGUGGUAGACCGCUCAACCGAUAAAGGCGUGGAAUCCAUUUUAAUAGGAAUGGCCCAUCGUGGACGACUCAAUGUCCUGGCCAACAUCUGUCGGAAGCCCAUCGCUGACAUUCUUUCACAGUUCCACGGUCUUGAGGCCACCGAUUCUGGAUCCGGGGACGUGAAGUACCAUCUGGGCGUUUUCCAGGAGCGGUUAAACCGCCAGACGAAUCGCAUGGUGCGCAUCACCGUGGUGGCGAAUCCCUCCCAUCUGGAGCACGUGAACCCUGUGCUGCUGGGCAAGGCACGAGCGGAGAUGUUUCAACGUGGCGAUACCUGUGGCAACAAGGUUCUGCCCAUCAUCAUACACGGCGAUGCUUCCUUCUGCGGCCAGGGCGUGGUCUACGAGUCGAUGCAUUUGUCUGACUUGCCCAACUAUACCACCUACGGGACCAUUCACAUUGUGUCCAACAACCAGGUGGGCUUCACUACGGAUCCGCGCUUCUCCCGCUCCUCGCGUUAUUGCACGGACGUGGCCAAGGUGGUGUCUGCUCCGAUUCUGCACGUGAACGCCGACGAUCCAGAGGCCUGUAUCAAGUGCGCCCGCAUUGCCGCCGAAUACCGGGACGCCUUUAAGAAGGAUGUGGUCAUCGACAUAGUCGGAUACCGACGCAACGGGCAUAACGAGGCGGAUGAGCCAAUGUUCACCCAGCCACUCAUGUACCAGCGCAUCCGUAAGCUGAAAACAUGCCUACAGCUCUACUCGGAAAAACUGAUCAAGGAGGGUGUGGUCACCGAAAACGAGUUCAAGGCACUGGUCUCUGAAUACGACAAGAUCUGCGAGGAAGCUUGGGCCAAGUCCAAGACUAUCAAGACCAUACGGUACUCCUCCUGGAUAGACUCCCCAUGGCCGGGAUUCUUUGAAGGACGCGAUCGGCUAGAGUUGUGUCCCACCGGCAUCAGCACGGACACCCUAAAGACGAUUGGCGAGAUAUUCUCCAGUCCGCCGCCGCCGGAGCACAAGUUCGAAAUGCACAAGGGCAUCCACCGCAUCAUGGCCCUGCGAAAGCAGAUGGUCCAGGACAAAGUGGCGGACUGGUCGUUGGGCGAAGCCUUUGCCUUUGGCUCGCUGCUGAAGGAGGGCAUCCAUGUGCGCCUGUCCGGUCAGGAUGUGGAGCGCGGCACCUUCUCGCACCGGCACCACGUCCUGCACCACCAGACGGCCGAUAAGGUGGUGUACAACUCACUGGAUCAUCUGUAUCCCGACCAGGCUCCCUACUCCGUGUCCAACAGCUCCCUUUCUGAGUGCGCGGUGCUGGGCUUUGAGCAUGGCUACUCCAUGGCCAGUCCCCAUGCGCUGGUCAUGUGGGAAGGCCAGUUCGGCGACUUCUGCAACACGGCGCAGUGCAUCAUCGACACGUUUAUUGCAAGCGGCGAGACCAAGUGGGUGCGCCAGUCUGGAGUUGUGCUGCUCCUGCCUCACGGCAUGGAGGGCAUGGGCCCGGAGCACUCCUCUGGCCGAAUGGAGCGGUUCCUCCAAAUGAGCGACGACGAUCCAGACGUCUAUCCGGACACCUGCGAUUGCGACUUUGUGGCGCGCCAGCUAAUGAACAUCAACUGGAUCGUGACGAACUUCUCCACGCCAGCCAACAUCUUCCACGGCCUGCGCCGCCAGGUGAAAAUGGGUUUCCGCAAGCCCCUGAUUAACUUCUCGCCGAAGUCUCUGCUCCGACAUCCGCUGGCCCGAAGUCCUUUCAAGGAUUUCAACGAGUGCAGCUGCUUCCAGCGGAUUAUUCCCGACAAAGGUCCCGCCGGCAAGCAUCCCGAGUGCGUCAAAAAGGUAGUAUUCUGCUCCGGCAAGGUUUACUACGAUCUCUUCAAGGAGCGCGACGACCACGAACAGGUCGAGACGGUGGCCCUUGUAAGGGUGGAACAGCUCUGUCCCUUCCCCUACGACCUGAUCUCCCAGCAGUUGGAACUGUAUCCAGAGGCGGAUUUGCUGUGGGCGCAGGAGGAGCACAAGAACAUGGGCGGCUGGUUCUACGUGCAGCCACGAUUCGACACCGCGCUGCUUAAAAACGAAAACGAAAGCCGCUGCGUGUCCUAUCACGGACGACCGCCCAGCUCCUCGCCAGCCACUGGUAACAAGGUUCAGCACUACAACGAGUACAAGGCCAUCAUCAAGAGCAUCUUCGGAGAGCUGACCCCGGAAAACAAGGAGCGCCUCGAGGCAAAAAUUAAGGCGCAGCAGGAGAAGGCCAAGGCGGACACCCAAUCAUCUUCUUCCGCCAAGGGUGGCUCAUCACCGCCAGCCAAGGGCGGAUCUUCAGGCAAGAAGAGGUCGGGUUCGGAUUCAGUGCCGUCUCCGGCUCCUGCAGCUCCAGAAGCUCAUAGUCCACCAAUGGCUAAGCCAAGUAAAAACCCACGUUCUCCAUCCAAACGAGGAGCAUCGCCACCAUCCAAGGGCGAAUCUUUAAGCAAGAAGAAAUCGGGUUCGGAUUCAGCGCCGUCUCCGUCUCCUGCAGCUCCAGAAGCUCAAAGUCCACCAAUGGAUAAACCAAGUAAAAACCCACGUUCUCCAUCCAAACGAGGAGCAUCGCCGCCAUCCAAGGGCGAAUCUUUUAGCAAAAAGAGGUUGGGAUCGGCUCCAGCUCCAUCCUCGGCCCCAUCUCCGCAUUCUAAGCCUCAAGCUUCUAGACCGCACUUUGUCAAGAACAAGAAUAGUCCCGAGGAGACGGGUUCCGAGCCAACGAAACCGGAUCUAUAGCGAAAUCAAGUUAAUACCGUUUAUAGUAACCUCAUUAAGUCCACCCAUUAAACGAUAGCCAAUAGAUACAGACAGAGUA